ACUUCUAACUUCAGACUGCUUUACAUAUGAACUCAUAUGACGCCGAGAAACGUCAUUGUUCCUUGUUUAUAUUCGACAUUAUUAGAAUACAGUGUACGCGCAUUUUGUGUCAAUGGAGAAACGUGCAACACGAUGAACAUCGUUUUCUUAGACGACUCGGCUACGUAGCCACAUUUAUGAAAAUUUCUAGUUAUAAAAAGUGUCAAAAUAAAUAACGGAUCUGUAGUAUAUAUUAUACAAAAAAUAUCUUACGUCGCUGCUUAUUCAUGUGGGCAACUGUGAUCAAUUUAUCGUCGACGUUACGACGACGACAUUAAAAGUGUAUCGGAAGGAUGACAGAAGAUGAGAGGCAAAUUAGAAUGGCCGCUGAGGCCAUAUUAAGCGGCUCGAUCAACUCGCAAAGAAGUUCACUUACCCAGCAUAGCAUGACACGAACGCCGGAUAUCGUCCUCAGUGAGGACCUGAUCGCAGGAGCGAGACACAACGGCAGAAUGUCGAACGUCAGACGUUUCUUUUGUCUUUUCAUUACCUUUGAUCUUCUUCUUACAUUCCUGAUGUGGCUCAUUUGCACAAUGAUUGCAGGCGAAAAUUUAAAUACAGCUUUUGUAAAUCAGGUGGUACACUAUCAUAUAAAGACGUCUUUGUUUGACAUUGUGAUGGCAGCGAUUUGCAGGUUCACGGUCUUGUUGCUCUUUUAUGCGUUGCUGUAUCUAAAUCACUGGAUCAUUGUAGCUAUAUCAACUGCUACAUCGUGUGCCUUUUUAAUUGCUAAAGUCUUUCUUUUUGACUGGACAUCAGCUAACCAACCAGUAUUCCAAGUUUUGCUGAUUCUAACAUCUUUUGUACUAGCGUGGGCAGAGGCUUGGUUCUUUGAUUUCCGCGUGAUACCUCAAGAAACUCAAGCGAGAAAUUGGAUUCGAAAUUUUCCAGAUACAGAGAGAACUCCACUAUUACAAAACAUCGUUACCGAAUCACGACAAUAUGCAGCAAAUGCAGAUCAUAUGGGUACAUUUUUCACACCUGUGGACUCUUCUGAUGACGAAGAUGUCUCUAGGAAACAUGAGGGUUCGAGGAGACUUUCCAAAUCCAACGAAUUAUUUACGUCUAUAGCGAAACUUACGCCCGAUAAGAUUGAUGAAUAUAAAAUGAAGGCGUCUAAGUUGUUGCAAAAUUGUCAUAACCUGUUGACAUCGAAGGAAUGGAAGAUUGAAACAGUAACAAUCGAUGGUGAUGAAAUAUCUUACAUGCAAUUGCCACCAGAAUUGAAACCAGAUGGAAAGGCCAUGAAAAUCACAGGCAUUAUCGAUGCACCUGCUAGCAUAUUAAUCGACUGGUUGUUCGAUGAUAUUGAGGAAUUUCCUUCGUGGAAUAAGCUCGUGACAGAAUCAGUAAAACUACAGAGUAUCGACGAAAACACGGAUAUAGUUUAUCAAAUAACAAGCUCUCUUGGUGGUGGCCUCAUUACUGCGCGAGAUUUCGUUAAUUUGAGGCAUCGUAAGAAAUGUGACAAUUAUUAUAUCACCGGUGGUGUAUCGGUUCCUGCGGUAUUAGUUCAGACUCGUCCAAACGUGACCAGGGGUGAAAAUGGCAUCAGCUGUUUCGCAGCAGAGGAUUUAUCCGAUGAAGCUAUUAGUAAGUGUCGCUUCACCUGGAUACUAAAUAUGAAUUUGAAAGGCUGGAUACCGCAAACAGUUGUAGACAGAUCUAUGUCUACUGGUUUAAUAGAUUUUAUGACAAACUUAAGAAAACAUUUGACCGAUUUGGAGAAGCCGUUAAUGUAGUACAGUGUCGCUCGGUGGAGCCGAUAAAUUGCAUCAGCUUCUGUGGACUAUUCUAAUUUAUUUUAAGAAAAAAGGAAUGCUGAUAAUUAUAACGGAGAAAAUGUCCAGCUAUAAUUGUGAGUAAAUUAUUCUCGUCAAUUUAGCUUUAUAAAAAUUUUACCCAUAACUGCGAUAUAUGGAUAUUGUCUAUACAUUGUAUAAUUUUAUUUUACAAAUUAUAUGUUAUUUUUUCUCAAAAGAUUUUUAUUUCUAACUAUGAUAAACAUAGUAAAGAGUGAUAUGUAUCACUCUAUUAUAAAUUUUUUGUUUUUUUUGUUCUUUUUUUUUUAAAUAAAGUAUCUUGUUUAAUAAUAAUUAAAAAAUAUAUAUUAUAUGUUUUUGUAAGUGCCUACGAAUAUUCGGUUAAGUGCAUCUUUCGACGUACAGUGUAUAUAUAGUGUAACGUAAAUAUAUGACAAACGUACGCGUUUAAUGCGCACAUUUAUCACGCGUCUGCUAUUCAUCCACGAGAGAAUGAAAACAUGAUGUUCAAAGGAUAAUAUGUAGAACAUCAUGUAUUAAUAAUUUUUUAUCGUAAAUCAUAUUUAUAUUCUUUAGAGAAUUCUUCUUCGCUUCCUUUAAUUGCGCGAGCCUAAUAUAUUGAUGCUGUACAUGUGCAUUUAAAUGAAGCAUGCAGACAUUGAAUGAAUGUUUCAGAGAUUAUCGCCCUUCAAAUGUAAAUUAUUACGCAUUUGAUUAAUUUUGUAAGAUUGAUGAAACGCACAUUAUAUUUUAAUAAUACAUUGAAUCGAGUGCGCUAUAUUUUCUUGAAAAUUACGAUAAAUAUAGAUUAUAUUUGCAUAUAUUUAUCAUCGGCAAACUUUCUUCGAUCAGUUGUCGUUAAACAUUUAGCAAUUUAAUAUGAUGCGGAAUGAUCGCGUGGUCCGACGUGCACAUAGUAUGAUUGUGCAAUUUUUGGUGAUGUGAUAUAUCUAUACGGGGGUGAGAUAGUGAAGGGAGGUUUACGAACGCGCUUCCAAGUUCGAAGAACCAUCUGCGCUAUUUAUGUUAUCUGGGUGUACUUGUUGACUGAAUUAAUGCUAUUAAUUAUAUUUGUGAUCAACAUAUGCAAUUUUGUUAUCCGGUAUGAGAUAACAAGGGGAAUGUUUUUGAAUGACUGAGUAAUAACAAUUACCUAGAAAAGAACAGAGGUUAGUGCAACCAUGUUGAUCUUUAUUGACAUUUCUUUCAAAUUGAACUGCAUUCACAGCUGAGGAAACAGAAAUUGGCCUAUUUAAAUAAAGAAAGUAAAAGCAUAAACGUAGAUAAUUAUAUGAUUUGUUGAAAAAUACAUGAAUUAGUCAGAAAGUCAAUUUUGAUUGCUGUAUUUAUAUGUACAUAUGAAUAAAAUAUUGUGAAAAGAGCUGUCAAUGAGAUUGGAAUAGACGUCACGAUAAAGUUACCUUUAAGCCGUUCGAUGUAUAAUAAUGUGUCAUUCUAGAUUUUAUACAGCAUGUCUUUGGCGUCCGCAUGAUGAAACGGCGUCUCGUCAUUUUUAAAUUUCUGUUUGUUAUGACUGUUAUUGUUAAAAAGAGUGUAUGAAUUUGAUAUAUGACUGUAUCGCAUUGCAGAGCAAAUGCGACGGAGCAUGCGUGUACUAGACAUUUUAUAUAAAAAAAAAGAUUUAGGCAGAACUUCGUUUUAUAUGUUCGUAAUAUUGUACACAUCAAAAUGGGGACACUUGUAUUAUCGUUUUGUAUGUGUCGUCUAUCAUUUACAUCACUUGCGCGUAUUUUCUCCUACAUAUCUUUCUGGAGAUGUAGGAUGCGUGAUUCAAUACUGUGUUAAAUAGAUCAACGAUAUGUUUAAACCAGAUAGAAUAACCGAAGAUGAUUUUAUAAAUCUGGUCUGGAUUCGGAUGUAAAAAUAUAUUCCAGCUUUAAGUCAAUAAAUGCGAGAAAAAGA